CGUGUGUUGUUAAUUCAAUAGUCGUUAUCAUUAUACAACAAACAAAAGAUAGCAAAUAUUUAUUAUGAGACGUGCGGUACCAUAAAUUGAAAUAAUUUGCUCAAGAUCCAGUAGGCGUCAGUGCAUCGUGGCACGUUCAUUCAGUAUGGUAUUCAUCGUAUUUCUUGCAAUUUCUCUGGUCAUCGCUUGUCAUGUCGACUGUACCGAUGGCGUUCCCAAGUACAAGGUACAUAAUAUAAAUUCUCGACCGAACGGAUUUUCUUCAGCUUCUGGUUUAGACAAAUUUUUAUGUAAUUUUGAAGUUGAUGAGUGUGGGUUCAACAACGCAUUCGCCAACAUCUACGCCCUUUCUGGUUGGCUUAGGAUUUGUGAUAAAGAAGGAUGCUCGAUGAGAAUUAACGCGGGAGAUUCGACCAACACCGAGGCGUCAUCCACUCUUGUUUCACCCUCGUUUUCCGGAAAUUCUGGAGUACUUAGUAUGAGAUAUUAUAUUCCUGAUAAGACAAACGCUAAAAAUGCUAGUCUAGGUGUGUACAUCCGGCGUUCUGAUCGCAGUGACAGGAAGCUGAUCUAUCUAGCCAGUAGCGGGAUGGAUAGACCGUGGGUACCCAUGGCGGCGGAAUUAGAUAGGCCAUGGGUCCCGAUGUCGGUUGACGUACAUAUGGAUCACACAUCAAAGUUUAAGUUUCAGUUUGAAAUCGAUGGAUUUAUGGAAGAUAGCAAAGAAAACAUUUUCAUUGAUGACUUUGAAUUCGAACAAAAAGAUCAUCCACAUGAUUAAUUUUGUGGCACGAACAUACCACGUGAAGUACAAAAUCAGGAAAAUGAAUGAUUACGCUAUACGACACCAUGAAUACACCUAUAUAUGUCCAUUGGUUGCUAACGCUAAUACCUGUAAUAUUAAUUAAAAUAAUAAUAUUUUGUUAAUUUAAUGUUUGAAUUGUUAAUUAAUAGAUAAUAGUGAUAAUAAUGAUAAUAUUAUUAAUUCAUUCAUUUUUAUUAAUAAAGAUUAUAACAUUAAUAAUAAUAAUGACAACGAAAUUAACAUAUAACAUCCAUGUACAUAAGCCAACGAAAUGUUUUAAAGCGUUUUAAAACUCACAUAGUUUAUAUCCACAUAGUUUAUAUCAUAAACUUAAUUAUUUUAUUAUAAUAUCAUAGGCUAUUACAUGCAUUUGUGUAAGGAAAGAGAAAAAAUGACAGAAGUUUAUAAUGAACUUGGAAAAUUAAAGCAUGUCCAUUUGAAUUAUUA